CAAAUACGUUUUUUAAUCAUGUCUGACAAAAAGAACGUUGAUUUUAACGUAAUUUAUUGUGGUCUCCAGCCCGAUGCAGGGCGUUUUCGUUUGUCUCAAAACGGACUUGGUUGGAAAGGUACUCGUGAUCGUACCAUUAUUGUGGGUACCGAUGAGCUCAAGAAAAUGAGUUGGACCAGAGCAGCUAGAGGAUUUGAACUUCGUGUCUUGAAGAAGGAUAACACAGUUUUGAAGUUUGACGGAUUCAAACCUGAUGAUUUGGAGGAAUUAAAGGAAGCCAUCAAGGCAUUCUAUAAGCUUACCGUAGAAGUGAAAGAAGUUAGUGUUAAGGGUUGGAAUUGGGGAAAGGCUGAUUUCCAAGGCUCCAAUCUCAACUUUAAUGUCACGAAUAAGACCAUGUUUGAAUUACCUCUUGCACAGGCUAUUGCAACUAACAAGCCGGGUAAGAAUGAAGUUGCUAUCAAUUUUGUUGAUCCUGGACAGCCCGCACCCGACGGUAUUAAUCCUAAGGACAUUGAUGAAUUGAUGGACGUUACAUUUUAUAUUCCUGGUACAGUUGCAAAGGAAACAACAGGAGAAGAUACUAAUGUCGAGGAUGAUGAAGAAGAGGAAGUGAAUGCUGAUAUGGUAUUCUAUGAGAAUGUCAAAUCCAAGUUGGAGCUCAGCCAAAUGACGACUGAAAACAUUGUUCAAUUCCAAGAAGCAUUAUGCCUUACUCCUCGUGGCCGUUACAACAUUGAUAUGUAUCAAGAUUUCCUCCGUCUUCGUGGUAAAACUUAUGAUUAUAAAAUUCUUUAUAAGAAUAUCAUCAAGUUGUUUUUACUCUUAAAGCCUGAUGAAGUCCAUGUCUUGUUUGUGAUUGGUUUAGAUCCUCCUCUUAGACAAGGUCAAACGAAAUAUCCUUUCCUUGUUUUCCAAUUUGUCCGUGAAGAAGAAAUUGAUGUUGAAUUGAAUUUGGAGGAUUCAGCUUUGGAUGAAAAAUAUGAAAAUAAACUUCAAAAGCAUUACGAUGCACCCACAUACGAAGUCGUCAGUAACGUAUUCAGAGCAUUGACAAAUAGAAAGGUGACUGUACCCGGUAGCUAUAGAAGUCAUCACGGUGCAAAUGCUUUAAAAUGCUCAAUGAAGGCAAACGAAGGUUUCCUUUAUCCAUUAGAAAAGAGUUUGUUGUUUAUUCCAAAGCCUCCUACAUUCAUUCCUUUAAACGAAAUUGGUGUGGUCACAUUCUCUCGUGUCGGUCAAUCGGGUGGUAGUUCUCGUACCUUUGAUAUGAAGUUUAAUAUGAAGAGUGGUAAUGACAUCCAAUUCUCCAGUAUUAACAGAGAAGAAUAUGCGAAUAUUGAGGAUUACUUAAAACAAAAGAAGAUCAAGAUCAAGAGUGAAGGUAACGAGGAUGUUGUUAUGACGUACACUGAUCUUGCUGAAUUGGAUGAUGAUGACGAUGAUGAGGACGAAACAUUUGAUGCAAGAAAGAAGCGUAGAACUGAUAUGUCUGGAUCAAUGGGCAGAAGUGCUCCUGGACUCGGCGGUAGUACUGGUGCAGAUGAUGAGGAUGAAAGUCCUGAUGAGGAUUUUGCCCCUGAUAGUGAUAGUGAUGUACCAGAAGAAUUUGAUUCUGAUGCUCAAGGUUCUUCAGAAGGGGAAGAUGAUGCAGGAUCUGUUUAAUGCUAUCUUAUUUGAUAUUAAAAAUAAACCAGUUGAUGUAAAUAUAAUAUGUGACUUGUCUACAGUUUUCAGACAUGCGGUUCACAAAAAAAAAAUCAGACAAAAGAAUUAGAUGUUUUCAGAUAAAGAUUACUUGUUAUCAUC